GUUUGGCAUGAUAGUUGUUUAUCGCUGGAAAUUCUAUAUAAGAGGAACGUAAGUUGCCCAAGCGGUAUUUGUGUUCACGGUACGCGUCCAGUGCUAACCAAAAUGGCUUCAAGAGACCCCGCUUCUGACCAGCUUGUAAACUACAAGAAGAACCUUAAAGAUUCACCUGGCUACAUAACCACCAAAGCUGGAGCACCUGUUGGAGUCAAAACUGCCGUUCAAACUGUUGGAAAGAAUGGACCUACUCUCCUACAGGAUGUCAACUUCCUGGAUGAGAUUUCUGCCUUCGACAGGGAACGCAUUCCAGAGCGUGUUGUGCAUGCUAAGGGAGCUGGUGCAUUUGGAUACUUUGAAGUAACCCAUGACAUCACAAAGUACUGUGCUGCUAAAAUCUUCGAAUCAGUUGGAAAGACAACUCCCAUGGCUGUUAGAUUCUCCACUGUUGGUGGUGAAAGUGGCUCUGCUGAUACUGUCCGUGAUCCCCGUGGAUUUGCUGUUAAAUUCUACACAGAUGAUGGUAACUGGGACCUUGUUGGCAACAACACUCCUAUUUUCUUCAUAAGAGAUGCUUCUUUGUUCCCUAGUUUCAUCCAUACCCAGAAGAGGAACCCUGCCACUCACUUAAAGGAUCCUGACAUGUUUUGGGAUUUCAUCACUUUGAGGCCAGAAACUACACACCAAGUGCUCUAUUUGUUCGGUGACCGUGGUAUUCCAGAUGGUUACAGGCACAUGAACGGCUAUGGUUCCCACACCUUCAAGAUGGUUAAUGCUCAAGGAGUGGCACACUGGGUGAAAUUCCAUUACAAGACCAACCAGGGCAUUAAGAACUUGCCUGUUGAGAAGGCAGCAGAACUGGCAUCUUCAGACCCUGAUUACUCUAUCAGAGACUUAUACAAUGCCAUUGCUAAAGGUGAAUUCCCAUCCUGGACUAUGUACAUUCAGGUCAUGACCAUGGCUCAAGCAGAAAGCUGCAAAUUCAAUCCAUUUGACAUGACUAAGAUCUGGCCCCACUCUGAGUACCCAUUGAUUCCUGUUGGCAAAAUGGUCUUGAACAGGAACCCUAAGAACUAUUUUGCUGAAGUUGAACAGAUUGCAUUCAGUCCUGCCAAUAUGGUUCCUGGUAUUGAGCCAUCUCCUGACAAGAUGUUGCAGGGUCGUUUAUUCUCAUACAGUGACACUCACCGCCAUCGUCUGGGAGCUAACUUUUUACAAAUCCCUGUCAACUGCCCCUUCCGUGUGUCUGUCUCCAACUACCAGCGUGAUGGACCCCAAAGCAUCAACAACCAGGAAGGUUGCCCCAACUAUUUCCCCAAUUCAUUCUCGGGUCCACAAGAGUGCCCCAGAGCGCAGCGUCUGCAGCCUAGAUACAAUGUUAGUGGUGAUGUUGACAGAUACGACAGUGGUCAGACCGAGGACAACUUCUCUCAAGCCACAAUUCUGUACAAGCAGGUGUUCGACGAUGCCCAGAAGCAACGCGCGGUCGACAACAUUGUUGGCAAUUUGAAGGAUGCUGCAGGCUUCAUUCAAGAGAGAGCCAUCAAGAUCUUUACUCAGGUUCAUCCUGAUUUGGGAAGCAAAAUCGCUGCUGGUUUGGCUCCAUUCAAGAAAUACCAUGCUAAUUUGUAAUUAAAUAUGUGGUACUAAUGGGUGCUAUUUUAUAUUAGGUGCCUAUGACAAGAUCACUUUAUUGUCUUGUGGGUCAACUUGGGUCAUAAUAUAAUAUAUACAAUUACAUUUUAUAUUACUAUAUAAGAUGAUUUACAUUGAAACUGCAUAAUAAAAUUGUUGUACUGAUUACAUAAUAUUGUUAUAUUGUUAUUAAUAAACCAUUUUUUUUUUGUAAAUAUUAAA